ACUUGACAGUCGGAAAAAUGAAACGGAAAAAAGUGUUUUCAUUUUGGAGUGACUUGAGGCUGAAGGUUUCCCUUACUUUUCCCAGUUUCUUUGAUUUUGGAUUCUAUUAGCAGUGUCCUUUCUUCAUAAUCUUCGCUAAAAACUCUCGCAGUUCUUCUUGGUUGAUCUGCCAUACUCAUCUACUAGUAACUCCUGGUCUGCUUAUUUAUAUAAUUAUAUACCUUACUGGUCCUGGCCUCGUGUAUUGUAUUUUCUGGCCAGUCUGAGGAAUGCCCAAGAAAUUUCACGGUGAGAAUUCCAAAGCAGCCGAAGCCCGCGCUCGACAGGAUGCCGUAAAACAGGAGGCUAAAGCGCGCAAGGAAAAGGAAGAUGAAGAUAAAUUAUGGGAAGAUAACGAUAAGCACGUUCAGCGCAAACUGGAACGCAAGGAUGAGAAGGAACGUAAGCAGCAGGAGACUCUGCAGAAGAAGUUGGAGCGAGAGAAGCUGCUGGAAGAGGAGACAAGUGCAUUGAAGGGAGCGAAACCCGCUCCUGUCAAAGUGACGCGCGCUCAGAUCGACGCACAUGUCCAAGCUCGACAGGAUCUCGAAGCUAAGAUAGCUGCCCAAGCCCCAAAAGACAAAUCACUGAUCGCGCAAACCGAAGACGUUCUCCAUGAGAAUCUGAAUCGAGAAAUUGGCGAGGGCCACCACGCGAGAAAUGUUGACGAAGCUUUGGCCGUGCUCAGCGUGAAAGAUGCGGCGGCGGAUAUGGAGAAGCAUCCCGAGCGUCGAAUGAAAGCGGCCUAUCUGGCCUUUGAGGAGCGCGAGAUGGCGCGCUUGAAGAAAGAGUACCCCGAUUUUCGCCUUUCCCAGCUGAAACAAAUGCUGAAAAAAGAAUGGCAGAAAUCCCCCGACAAUCCCUUUAACCAGCCUACACAAAAGUUCAAUUCUAAACCUUCAGAAUCCGCUUAGCAUUUUUUAUGUUUUUUAUACUGGUAUUUUCCCGGUCUAAGGGCGUUAACGAUCCGUACAGUCGUGUGAUCCGUUCCUUGCACUUCAAGGUUUUUUAUUGAUACGCUGCAGAUUGGAAUCAUUUCUCACUUGCGCCUGAAAUUUAUUUUGAGUGAAUAGAAAAUUCUGAUCUUGCGAAAGGUUGAAAUCCAGUCUUUGGAUCCGUAAUAUUGUGUUCGUUCACUAGAUUGUACAGUGCGUCUGAGUAAGGUAUUUAUAC